AUGACACAACAGCAGAUACGAAACAGCCAGCAAUGUGGGGAACUUCCAAGGAAAAGGGAAGAAAAGAUUGAUGAGUCCUCAAGAGCAAUGAAACAAGAUGGUGAUGUGGUUGAUGCAGUGGAACAGAGCACCGAAGAAAUUCAAGUUCUGUGGAGAAAAGCCACGUACUUCUUCCUAGAAAUGUCCCCACGCCGUUCGAAGACGGCAUGA